AUGGCCUCCAACCUCACGGCCGUCGCCGCCGGCGCGGUGCGCGCGGCCCGGGCCUUCGCCACGGAGAUGCUCCCGGCGGCCGUGACAAGGGAAGCCGUGGGGGCCUCAAUGGCGUGGUUGCUGCGCCACCUCUGGUCCUGGCUCCUCGCGGCGAGAGGCGUGGCCGUGGAGAAUCUCCCCGUCGCCGCCGCGGUGGCCAAGGGAGCGGCGUGGUCCGCGGUCGAGGUCUCCGUGCCAUGGCUGCAAAUGGCGGCGGAGUUCUUGCGUGGAUUCUAUCUGUGGCUGCUCGCGGCGACAGCGGUCGCCGUCGAGAAUCUUCCCGACAUGGCCAAGAACGCUGUGGAGUACGCUAUAGAAGCCUCCCAGCCAUGGCUGGGAGUGGCGGCGGAGCUCCUGUAUGGCCUCUAUGGGUGGCUGCUGUCGGCGAUUGCCGUCGCCGUCGAAAGCCUUCCCGGCGUGGCCAAGAACGCGGUAGAAGCCUCGCAGCCAUGGUUUGCAGUGGCGGCGAAGCUCCUGCAGGGCCUGUACGGGUGGCUGGUCACGGCGAGCGCUGUGGCCGUCGAGAUGCUCCCCGACGUGGCCAAGAACGCGGCGGAGUCCGCUGCUGAGACCUCGCAGCCAUGGCUAGCAAUGGCGUCGAAGUUCCUGCAGGACCUCUGCGGACGGCUUGUCACGGCCGGAGACAAGGCCGUCGAGAAUCUCCCGGGAGCCGCCACGGCCUCCAUGGAAAGAGGAGCGGACGGCUCGGCCGAGGCCACCAUCACCGUCGCGCCCACGCCAGGCUGGUCCGUGCACGGCCACGGCGGCGUCGCGGUGUAUGCCCUCCUGGCGGCCGCUCUCCUCGCCGUGGCGUUCCUCGGCGGCGUCGUCUGCGCCCUCACCUGCCGGACAAUGAAGGGCCCCGGGCUCGGCGGCGCGCGCGUCCCCCGCGCCAUGUUCAGGGCCAGCCCGAGGCGCUACUACGCCGCGGUCCGGACGGCGCGGAAGGCACGGCGGCGCGGCGCCGGAUGGAAGCAGCUGGUGGCCGGCGGCGUGGCGCUCGUCAUUGCCUGCAUUGUCUAUCUGGGUGCCAAGAAAUUGCACUGAACCUUGAAGACACAUACUAGUAGUUCAGAAAUCUCAUGGGGAACUUUAUUUUUUGGAUUAACUUUGCUACAUCUAGAUUGGUUCAGAAUCAGCAAGUGGAUCUAGUAGUCUGUAGUAGAAUCAGAAUCUGUAGCUCUAAUGGAUGGAAUGCCAAUUAACAUGCCAUGGUGCAGCUAGAAACUGUUGAUUUGCUCAUUUUUCU